GAUUCUACUAAACAUACAAAGGACAAUCCUCUAUUUAAUUUAAAAAUAAUUUAACUAGACAUAUUUAUUCUCUUUUAUAUAUAUUUUUAAAAAUCAGUUGCAUUUGCAAUAUUUGUAUGUAGUUUGUUUGCUUGAGAUUUGAUGCUUAAAAUUCACAAUUAUAUUAGGGUAGCUAUUAAAAUUUAUGCUUAUAAUUUGCUUAAUAGUGUUUGUGAGGUGAAUUAUGAAAAUUGAAGACAUAUAUUUGUUUAUUUCGGCCAACUAAAGAAAGGUUUCAAUUUCUUUCUGAGCCGGCCCAUUACAAACAACAAUAGUUAGUUAAUAGGCCUCCUUGCAUGCGUCUAGAAAACAACCUCUGGACUUGGGCUCAUAUAAAGUGAGAAAAACGGUAAGAAAUAAAGCUGUACGUGUUGGGCUUUGGUUUAAUCUUUUCCGUUUCGUAAAAUCCACACAUGCAUGCAAAGCUGGCGAAGCAUGUUUUCGGAUCAUACAAAGUGGCAGCCACGUCGAGCACUUCAAAGCUGGAGCUGCUGAAGAGCUUGGGAGCUGAUCUGGCCAUCGAUUACACCAAGCAGAACGUGGAAGAGCUCAAUGAGAAGUUCGACGUCGUGUUCGACACAGUAGUGCAAAACGGGACCACCGCUGUGAAGGCAGCGAAAAGCGGCAGCGGCAGAGUGGUGGCGAUACUGCCGGUGCUACCGCCGGCGAGUUGGUUUGUGAUGAGCUCGAAAGGGAGUGCGUUGGAGAAGGUGAAGCCUUAUUUGGAGAGUGGGGAAGUGAAGCCAUUAAUUGAUCCAAAGGGUCCAACACUAUGUUUGGGAAGGGGUGUAAAUGGAAGGGGUGCAAGUUUGGAGGGGUAAACACAAGUUCCAAGGUGUUUACCCCCGUUUGGUUAUUUUGUAACAGUAGGGGGGUGCAAAACGUGAGCGUAAAUUCACUGUUUCGGCUUACCCCCAAAUUGGGGUGCAAGGGAAGGAAGGAAGGGAGGGGGAAGGGGGAGGAGGGGAAUUAUGAAUUUUUAAUUAGACUAUAAUUACAUAAGUUAUUAAUUUUUCUUAUAUCUAUAUUAGUGUAGAAGUUGUUUGGGGUUGACCGUUUGACUCAGAGAGCAAGUUUGUCAAUGUUCGCCUCGUCAAAUCGAUAUCUCUUAGUUGACCCGAAUUUGCAUUGAAAAUUAGAGAUAAGAAGCAUUUGUUGAAAAGAUAGAGAGGAACAGUUUAGUUAACUCGAUUUACUUUAAUAAGUAGUUAAAGCUUACAGAUUCGAACGUGUUUGACUAAGUUUGACCAUAUUCAAUUUAAAGUUAGGCACCAGAACCCCCUUAGGAUGACCAGUUACGAGUUGGAUUUCGAGUUUCGAGGUUGCUCGACCAAUGAUUAUUAUUGUUGUUAUAAAUAAUUAUAUUUGAGCAUUAUUAUAUAAUAAUUAUUUUUAUUAUUAUAUAUUGAAUUUUCAUGUUUGUGAUAAUAUUUUAUAAAUUGAUAAAUCUAUUUUAUAAAAAUAUAAUUACUUACUUUUUACUCUAUUUGCAACCCCCUACUUUUUCAUCCAAACAACAAUUUACCCCUCCACUUACACCCUCCACCAAGUUGCACCCCCAACAAUUUACCCCUCAACUUGUACCCCCUCGAACUUGCACCCCUUGUUGCCAAACAUAGUGUUGCCAUUUUCUCUAACUGUGGAGGCGUUUUCCCAUCUCAUGAGUCAUGACUGGGAGAGCUACAGGGAAAGUCGUCAUUCACCCUCUACCUUGAUUGUCUUGAUCUAUAUAUUAUAAAAAAAAGAGUGAUUGAGUGGAGCCAGGUAUUUGAGUUGGGUAAAGCGAACCGUGGAGGAUUGGGGUGUACAACAGUUUGGUUUGUAUCAUAUCGCAUCGGAUCAAACUGACACUUGUAUUGGUUCAUAGCCAAUUGUAGGGGUGGCAUACGGUUCGGUAAAACCGAACCGAACCGAAUUCAAACCGAACCGAAACCGAAUAACAUUACUUCGGUUCGGAAUUCGGAAGAGAAAAUGGUAUAUUUCGGAAACCAAGGUCCUUUCGACCGAACCGAAUUUCCGAAUUCCGAACCGAUUUUCCGAAUUACUAUAAUUGCAAGUUCCUAAUGGUGAAUUUUUAUGUUUGUACUUUUUAUGAGACUUAAAUAUUUGAAUUAUGUUAGUGUUUUAUGAGUUAUGUGUUGAAAUGUUUAAUUUUAUCAUUGAUGAUGCAUUUAAUUGCAUAUUUAUUGUUUACAUUAGGGGUGAAAAAUAAUUUAAAAGAGAAAAAAUACAAGCUAACCUCACAAUUUCGGUUUUUCAUACAAAACCGAACCGAAUUAUAAUUCGAUUUGAACCGACCGAACCGAAUUAUAAUUCGGUUCGAAUUCGGUUUGAGGUUUGAUGGAACUCGGAAACCCGGUAUACAUUAUUUCGGUUCGGUUUGAACCGAACCGACCGAAUGCCCACCCCUAGCCAAUUGAAUAAGAUGCAGUUUGAUCU